AUGUAUGGGAGGGGGGGCGUGGCCGCGCAGGUGGUGGUGGGCGGGGCCCCGGGGCGGCAGGUGCCGCCGGAGCCGGGCUGUGGCGGGGCCUCUGGGCGGCAGGUGCCUCUGGAGCCGGGCUGUGGGCGGGGCCUCUGGGCGGUGGGCGGGGCCCCGGGGCGGCAGGUGCCGCCGGAGCCGCCGGGGCCCGAGCGCGAUGGGGCGGCGGAAACGGCGCUGGGGCUGCUGCUGCUGCUGGGUCACUGGGGGGCGGUGGCAGCCGAGGAAGAGUCAGGCGAAGUUCCGUGCGGGACCCCCGUGCGCAGCCGCGUGGUGGGGGGCCGGGGGGCGCGGGCCGGCCAGUGGCCCUGGCAGGUCAGCGUCAGCUUCCGGGGGCGCCACGUCUGUGGGGGGGCGCUGGUGGCCCCGCGGUGGGUGCUGAGCGCCGCGCACUGCUUCCCGCCGGAGAACCCCGUGUCCGAGUACCGCGUGACGCUGGGGGUGCUGCAGCUGCUGUCCCCGCCCCCCGAGGCGCAGGUGCGCGCGGUGGCCUCGGUCACCCGCCACCCGGCCUAUCGCGACGAGGACGCGGCCGGGGACGCCCCCGGGGGACACGGCGCCGUGGCCGGGGACAUCGCGCUGGCGCGGCUGGACCCCCCCGCGCUCAUCACGCGGCUGGUGAGACCCGUGUGCCUGCCCGGCCCCGGCGUCACCGUCCCCCCCGGCACCCGCUGCACCGUCACCGGCUGGGGGGACGUGCGCACCGCCGGGCCCCUCCCGCCCCCCAAGACGCUGCAGCAGCUGGAGGUGCCGCUGCUGAGCACCCGGCAGUGCCGCUGCCUGUACCGGGGGACACUGGGGACAGAGGGGACAGCGGGGACGCCCGCGGGGGACACGCUCUGCGCCGGCUUCCCCGAGGGAGAGCGCGACGCCUGCCAGGGUGACUCCGGGGGGUUCCCAUGGUGA